UGGUUAAUGUGUAAUCUGAGAGAAUAGAGAGGUAGUGUUUCUGUGGACUGAGUCUGAGAGUCCCAGAGCAGAAACCAUGAGCUACGGUCUGUUCUUCUCCGCUGAAACAUGGGCUCUGCUCGUGAUGUUUGUGGCGCUUCUCUUCAUGUAUGGAUCCUGGCCUCAUGGUGUCUUCAAGAAGCUGGGCGUCCAGGGACCCAAAGCCCUGCCGUUCUUCGGAACGAUGCUGGAAUACAGAAAGGGUGUUCAUAAUUUCGAUGUGGACUGUUUCAAGAAGUAUGGACGAAUCUGGGGUAUUUAUGACGGGAGGCAGCCUGUUCUGUGCAUCAUGGACCAAUCCAUCAUCAAAACCAUCCUUAUUAAAGAAUGCUACUCUCUCUUCACCAACAGAAGGAACUUCCGUCUGAACGGUCAGCUGUACGACGCCGUGUCCAUCGUUGAAGAUGACGACUGGAGGAGGAUCCGCAGCGUCCUCUCGCCCUCCUUCACCAGCGGGAGACUAAAGGAGAUGUUUGGCAUCAUGAAGACUCACUCUCAUAUUCUGGUUGAUAAUCUGGGAAAAACAGCGACGCGAGGAGAAGCCGUGGAUAUUAAAGAGUUCUUCGGGGCGUACAGUAUGGAUGUGGUGACCAGCACAGCCUUCAGCGUCGACAUCGACUCUCUCAACAACCCCAAAGACCCUUUCGUGACCAACAUCAAGAAAAUGCUGAAGUUUGACCUGUUCAGCCCUCUCUUCCUGAUCAUCGCCUUAUUUCCUUUCGUCAUCCCUGUUCUGGAAAAAAUGAAUUACACCUUCUUCCCAUCAUCGGUGAUGGAUUUCUUCUAUGCUUCCCUAAAGAAGAUCAAGUCUGAAAGAGUGGUUAAGGACCACAGGAAGAAGCGAGUGGACUUCCUGCAGCUGAUGGUUGAUUCUCAGGCCGCAGGGAAGCCGGAGAACAGAAGCAGCGUUGAACACCCGGAGAAAGGUCUGAGUGAUCAUGAGAUCCUCUCUCAGUCCAUGAUCUUCAUCUUUGCCGGGUAUGAGACCAGCAGCAGCACUCUGUCCUUCUUCUUCUACAAUCUGGCAACCAACCCAGAGACCAUGAAGAAACUGCAGGAGGAGAUCGACCAGACCUUCCCUGAGCAGGCUCCGGUGGACUAUGAGGGUGUCAUGAACAUGGACUAUCUGGACGCGGCGCUGAGCGAGACUCUCCGACUCUUCCCCGUAGCUGGUCGACUCGAGCGGGUCUGUAAGAAAACGGUGGAUAUCAACGGCGUCCUCAUCCCUAAAGACAUGGUGGUGCUGAUCCCAACCUACGCCCUCCACAGAGACCCAGAUUACUGGAGCGACCCGGAGAGCUUCAAACCCGAGAGGUUCACUAAAGACAACAAGGAGUCGAUCGACCCCUACAUGUACAUGCCCUUCGGUCUGGGGCCCAGGAACUGCAUCGGGAUGAGGUUUGCUCAGGUGACCAUGAAGCUGGCUAUUGUGGAGAUCCUGCAGAGGUUCGACGUCUCCGUGUGUGACCAGACUCAGAUCCCCCUCGAGCUCAUCUUUAAUGGUCUACUGGCCCCUAAAGAGCCCAUCAAACUGAAACUGACCCCGCGGAGCCGUGACAGAACAUCAUCCUCUACUCAAGAAGACUUCUGAAGAAGAGUCUUGUUCAGGGUUUACUGUUUGACCAGAAGAAUGAGAAGAAGCUGGGGAGAAAAGAUUAACAUCUGUGGAAACUAGAAUAAACUAGAUUUAAGAGAAGUCUGUAGAAAUGUCUCUGACAUCAAACAUGGCCGAGAUGAGUCAAAUUUUAUACAAGCUCUUGCACACUGUUUAUUAGUAAGAAAGAAACAUACAAGUACACAAACUUAAAACUCCAAAAACAUCCAAAAUAAAGCCAUGUCGCAGUGGAAGAACUUUA